AUGCCUUGUGUGCUGACGUUGCUGACCGACCCGACGGUGCAAGAGUCCUUCGCAGAGGUGUCGAUGGAUUCCAGUUUUGCCGAUGCGAAGAAAUGCACCGUGCCGCACGUUGAACAGCAGAUCAAACUCCUGACGGACAAACAUGCCAUCGGCGACCAGUUCAUCUCAAGCCAGGCCCUGUACGUUCGCGUGGUUCGCAAGGAGGGGCCUCAACUGUCUCUGAUCGAUCUUCCUGGCGUGACUCACAACGCCGAUCAGAUGCAGAACAUCCACGAGGUCACCGUGAAGCUGGUCGAGGAAUACAUCAAACCCGAAGAGAUGGUCAUUCUUUGUGUCAUCCCCGCCAUGUCUGACUUUGGCAAUGCCGAGGUCGUGAAGCUGGCACGGAAGUACGACCCGGACGGCAUCCGCACCCUGGGCGUGGUGACCAAGUGCGACGAUGCCGCCCACGCUGAAGUUUUGAUGUCGAGAUCUUCCGAUGUUCGUCUUGAAUUGGGCUUUCAUUGCGUGGUGAACCGAUCGCAGAAGAAUAUCGAUGAGAAAAUGAGUCGCGAAGCUCUUUGGGCCAAGGAAAAGGAGAUCUUUACCAAGAACGAACGCAUGAAGAGAUUGCCAGAGAAGAACUGGGGCACCCUGCGCUUGAUGGAAAAAGUUGCCAAGAUUCAAGAAGCUCGUGUGGACGAAUGCCUCCCGAAGAUCAAGGAAGCAGUCCGACGGAAGACUGGCGAGCUUCGGGAGGAAUUGCGCCAGUUGCCGGUCCAAGCAGAGACUGAGGCGGAUCAAUUCCGUUUGUUCAACGGAAUUCUUGCCCGGAUCAGAGAUGAUUUGGUGCGCAGGAUCCGUGCGGAGUUCAUGAGUGCUCAGACUUCGGACCGGGAACUGACAAUUGCUCCGAUUGUCGCUUCCAUGGUUCAGAAAUUCAGAAAGGAACUCCUGUCCCGAAAUCCUGAUUGGUUGGGAGAAGCUAUGAUUGAAGAGGUGGAUGACACCGUGCAGACCUUUGUGACUGGCUACACUGUGGACAAUCUCACCGGUCCCCAGGUCUUUAUCAACCUCAUCAAGCAGACCUUCAUUGAUGAAGGGCUGUUGAAAGACAGCGUUCAUGGCUUGGUCACAGAUGUCGGUGAGCACCUUCGCAAUGUGGUGAUGCAUGUCAUCGGACAAUAUGCAAACAUCAAUGGCAUCCUUUCCAACCGUUUGGAUUCGAAGGCCGAGGAAUGCAUUGACCAACUUACGGUGAAAGCCCAAGAUGUAUGUGGGAUGCUGGCAGAAGCUCAGCAAGUCACCUCUACCACGCAUGGAGCGUACAUGGUGAGGCUGACCCAGUUCCGAAAGUCUUGGUUUCAGGAGGCCGCUGAAGGAGUGGCAUAUCUUGCCAAAGCUCUCGUCUUGGGUGUAGAAGCACAAAGUGGCGAAGGGCAGAACGAGCUCCCGGCAGAGUUCUUGAGCUUGGUGAAGCAAGCGCAAGAAGAACCGGAGAAGCUCGCAACCCUGGAGAUCUGUGCUUCACUGCACGUCUACACGGGGCUAAUGAUUGAGGGCUUCGUCGAGAUGUCGGCGAAACUCGUCAAAUUCAACAUGGUUGAGCAGCUGGCAGACAAGCUGGAGGAGAUCUGGAGAGAGGAGUUGGGCGGAACCAAUCUACAUGAGCUUUUCCCCAAAGAUGAAACCAUCGUCCAUCAGCAAGAAGACUUAAAGGAGAAGAUCGCGGUCCUCACAGAUUUUAAGGAGCAGAUGACGACAUAGCGCACCGCUGUGCUGCCGGUGCAGAAGGGCAAGCGGACCAUCACCGAAAAGGCGCAGGCUAGGGCAGAUGCCAAGGCUGAGGAGGUGGCAACAGCUGCAAAAUUUCAGGCGGCUCAGGCCAGGGCUUCAGAUGCAGAUGGGACAACCAAAAAGUCAGAGCCCUUUGUGUGGGACUUUGCGAAAGAUGUGGAGGGCGAAACAUUCCAAAAGGGCGAC